UGUUGGAUUGAUCUACAGAAAUGCAUGAUGGUUUAACUGGUUUAUUAGCAGGUGAUUAUUAGAGUAUCGCAAAUAGAAUUAUUUAUUACGCAAACAUCUGUCUGUCUGUCUAUCUAAGAAACAAAAAAAAAUUAUUAUUAUGAACUAAGGUAUAUGUAAUGUACUCUUUUGUUUGGUAUUAGACCAUUUUGUGGGGGAGGGGAUGGAAGGGAGAUAUAAAUUAGACCCUGAAUUGGUUAUUCGUUUGUUGGUAAUUCUUCUAGGAAAUAGUUUAUUAAAUUUUAAUUAGGGAAUGAAGCUAAUAAGAAAAAGUAUAUUUAUUUAUAUGAGUAAAGCCUUCAUUAUAUGGAUUCAUUUUCUACAACUUCUUCUUAUGGAUUAUGUGUCAAAUAUAAACCUUUAUUUUUUUUUUACCAUAUCUUCCUUUAUUAUCCGCUUUUUUAUUAUUAUGAAUCCAUAUUAUACAAAUACAGGCUUAUUUAGAUAAAGCAAAAAGACUGUCUAAAAAUAUAUACAUGUAUGUGUAUAUCGUAUCAUAUACAACUUUAUUUUUAUUUUUUUUUAUUUUUCUUUACUUAUAUAUACACAUCACAUGAUUAAAAUGC